CCGCGUGAGAGGGAGCGGCGGACCCGGAGAGCGAGAGAGCGGCAGACAGAAGCAAAUCGAGGGAGCGGGCGGCUGGAUGGCGUCGGGCGGCCUGUGGCUGUUUCUGGCCUGGGCGGCGGCGGCGGCGACGGCGGCGGGGACGGGACCGGGGACCCGCGCCUCGGACUGGCCCCACCGAGUGUCCAUUAUGCCCGGCUUCGACGUGGCGUGGGACUUCGACACGGACGCCCAGAACAUCACCUUCCUCGUGGAGGCGGCCACCAUGGGCUGGGUGGGGAUCGGUCUCAGCCCCGGCGGCGGCAUGGACGGCGCCGACAUCGCGACGGGCUGGAUCCGCGACGGGAAGCCGUACUUCCAUGAUCGCUACGGGGUGGGGAACAAGGUCCCGGUGAUCGACGCAUCCCAGGACUGCACGCUCCUCUCCCUGACCCAGAACGGGUCUCACACCGCCCUCAAGUUCCGGAGACCGUUCCGGACCUGUGACUCGCAGGACAUGGACAUCACGGCGGACUCCAUGCGUCUGAUUUACGCCUGUUCCGACUCCGUACCGGAAAGUCCGACGGAGAUGCCGAUACACGAGAGGGUGUACGGGGUGAUUUCGGUUCAAAUCCUCAACUACGGGAGGACGCUCGUCCCAAAGUUGGCCAACAGCUCGGCGCUGAACAUCGUGACCAACGUGACCAUCCCGGCAAUCCACACCUUCUACGCCUGCCAGUUGGGUAAAUUCCCGGACUUUGGAGAGAAGGUGCACGUUUACAUGGUAGAGCCGAUUAUCUGGCCGGGGGCGGCCCGGCACGUACACCACACCCUCCUGCACCUGUGCCCGGCUUCGUACACUGACGCCAUGUUGAGCGAGCCCCGCGACUGUAACCAGGACCGCUACUACGGGAAGCUCUUCAUGAUGUGCGUCGAGGUGCUCACCGGCUGGGCGGUCGGCGGGAACAGGCGGAUUAUCUACCCGGACGAGGCCGGCUUCUCGCUGGGCGCGGCAGGCGACCCCAGAUACUACGUGCUGCAGGUCCACUAUGACAACCCGUCCAACAUCGCCGGUGCCCGGGACUUCUCUGGGUUCAGGCUGCACUACACGACCGAGCUGAGGAGGUACGACGCCGGGAUCAUUUGGACGGGGCUGGCGGUCGGCGCCAGCCACCUCAUCCCGCCCACCGCCCCGGAGUACAGAUCUUACGGAUACUGCGACCUGGCGCCCUUCUCGCCGGAAGCCGGCGCCGUUUAUCCCGCGCUGAAUAUUAUCGGAGGAAUUCUCCACACUCAUCUUCUGGGGUCUAAAGUGCGCCUUUUACAAUUCAGAGACGGCAAGCUGAUCCGAGUCAUGCUGGAGGACAUGAACUAUGACUUCAACCUGCAGGAAUGGCGAGCCCUUCGGGAGCCCGUGUCCGUCUCCAGGGAUGACGUGCUGAUUACGGAAUGCAUCUACAAAUCGACGAACCGCAGAGUAAUGACCACAGGUGGGCCGAGCACUAACCAGGAGAUGUGUCUGUCCUUCCUGAUAUACUACCCGCGGAUGGAGCUCGUGUCCUGCAUGAGCGAAGUUUCCCUGACCGACCUGGCCAAGGCCUUCAACCUGUCGGGGCUGAGCAACGAGCAGCUGCUCAGCACCCUGUCCGGCUGGAAAUGGAAUGAAACCCUGGCCAAGGAGCUCGAGAGGAAAGUCUUGGUGUCCAGCCAGACCUCUGUGGUGGUCAGUCGGACGGGUGUGAAGUACGUCUCGGUGAAGAUCCCGAAUAUCCCGGAGAGGAAGACCACCCCGUGCGAGAGGAUGCUUUACGGGCGGGCUCCCGCCCGCACCGGGCGUCUCGUAGCCCUGCUCCUGACCGCCCUGUUGGUCUGGCUCUCUCGUGGCGACGGCUAAGGGCUGGGAUCGCGUUGUGCUGACCCGUCCCGGACCCAUCUACCGGACCCGUCCCGUCACUCCCCUCCCCGCACCACGGGAUCCGACUCACCCAACCCACCCCCCUAGCCCUCGAUAUCACCCCCUCACACUGCUCUCCCUCGCUCUCCUCCCUAACCCCGCACACCCUCACUCGUUCACUCCCUCUCACUGUCCCUCACUCGCCCCACGUCCCCACACCCCCACCACCCGCACCAGUACCCAUUGAUCUCUUCGCUGCUGCAAUGCAUCGCCCUCACUCUGCGCCACCCCACAUCCGCACCCUUUCCCUCGUCACUCCCGUUUAGAUUCUCUCACCCGCCCUUCCACCUCUCUCUCCCACCCGUCUCCACUCUCUCCCCCUCCCCUUUCCCUACCCGCUUUCUUCCACAUCCUCCAUCGCAGCACACACAAACCCUCCUCCCUCCCGAAUCCAUCGUCUCCUCCCGUUCGCAGACUCAGCUCCUGUAAACCCAGGCCCUCACCUGAUCCUCCCGCUCCACCCCUCUCCUCACUCGAUCCCUCUGGGUUGCAGAUUCACAAAUCAGAUCGCAAGAUCCCUGUAGGUCCAGGAGAUUUUAAUGAAAAUGUACAAUUAAAUACAUCUAAAUAAAUUCGUGAUUAGCUUG